GACGUUGGUAAAUUUCGAAGUUGACAGCUUGAUAACAAUGCUGCACUGCAACAUUGUGAUCUUUACAAUAUGCAGUUGAUUUAGUGAAAGAGGUCAUUUGCAUCCACAAAUUGUGUAAGCGUCGUUUUAUCCCAUUAGGACUGGCGCAUAGUCAUCAAAAUGUCUUUCUUCGUUGACUCAGUGAUCAUGUUCACCUCUCAGGUGUUGUUCUUCGGAUUCGGCUGGCUCUUCUUUAUGCGACAACUGUUCAAGGACUAUGAGGUUCGACAGUAUGUCGUCCAGGUGGUGUUUUCAAUCACCUUCGCCUUCUCUUGCACUAUGUUUGAACUAAUCAUAUUUGAAAUCCUCGGAGCUCUUAGCAGCACGUCAAGAUACUUCCAUUGGAAACUGAACCUGUAUGUGAUUUUGCUGGUUCUUAUCUUUGUGGUGCCUUUCUACAUUGGUUACUUUGUUGUCAGCAAUAUCAGACUGUUGCAAAGGCAGAAGCUCCUUUUUGCCUGCAUGGUGUGGUUCACAUUCAUGUACUUCUUCUGGAAACUGGGGGACCCCUUUCCCAUACUCAGCCCUAAACACGGCAUUCUAUCCAUCGAGCAACUGAUUAGUCGAGUCGGGGUAAUAGGGGUCACACUCAUGGCUCUGCUGUCUGGCUUCGGUGCUGUUAAUUGUCCCUACACCUACAUGUCUUACUUCCUGCGUAACGUGACAGAGAGUGAUAUCUUGGCCUUGGAGAGGAGACUGCUUCAAACAAUGGACAUGAUUGUCAGCAAAAAGAAAAGGAUCGCUAUGACGAGGCGACAGAUGUUCCAGCGCGGAGAGGACCAAAACAAACAGACAGGAUUCUGGGGGAUGAUCAAGAGUGUCACUUCUUCACCAACGGGCAGCGAGAAUCUGUCCCUGAUCCAGCAGGAGGUGGAUGCUUUAGAGGAGCUCAGCAGACAGCUCUUCCUCGAGACUGUAGACCUCCACUCCACCAAGGAGCGAAUAGAAUAUUCAAAGACGUUUCAGGGGAAAUACUUCAACUUCCUGGGGUAUUUCUUCUCCAUCUAUUGUGUUUGGAAAAUAUUUAUGGCUACCAUCAACAUAGUCUUUGACCGUGUGGGCAAGACGGAUCCAGUAACCAGAGGCAUUGAAAUUACUGUCAACUACCUCGGCAUCCAGUUUGAUGUGAAGUUUUGGUCGCAGCAUAUCUCCUUCAUUCUGGUGGGAAUCAUCAUCGUCACCUCCAUACGAGGCCUGCUUAUCACCCUCACCAAGUUCUUCUACGCCAUCUCAAGUAGUAAAUCCUCCAACGUAAUAGUGCUCGUCCUGGCUCAAAUCAUGGGCAUGUACUUUGUGUCGUCGGUGCUGCUAAUGCGUAUGAGCAUGCCCCUGGAGUACCGCAGCAUCGUGACAGAGGUGCUGGGCGAGCUCCAGUUCAACUUCUACCACCGCUGGUUUGACGUCAUCUUCCUCGUCAGUGCCCUGUCCAGCAUCCUCUUCCUCUACCUUGCACACAAGCAGGCACCAGAGAAACACAUGAACCUCUGAUGAUCAGGACAUUUUGGGGGGGAUGGGAAACGGAUUAAUGUUUACAUCCACACACACACACACACACACACACACACACACAUACACACACUUGAACAUACAGUAUACGCACCCAAGCCUCCUUUUUUUUAACUUUUUGAAGUUUUGAUUUUUGUGGUUGGACAGACUGCUGUUAAUUUUCUGUUCAUCACCCCCCCCCCCCCCCCCCCCUCUUUGAUUGAUAGUUUUCAUCACAAAAGCUCCUUACGUGAUGUUUGUGAAGUGCUCUUCACCCUCCUCUUUUUUACUUGAAGGUGGCUGUUUUAAUGUUGAUGGCAACCUUGUGGUGUUCAAAAGGAUAAGGCCUGUUGUGCCGUGGCUUCCUGAGAAGCCGGCCUACUGCAGUGAUUAAGCUCAGGGCACAUGUACUGCAGGCCCUGUGCGGGUUCGGUAAGGGACUCCUCGGGGUUAACAGAAGUAAUUCAGUUUGGAUGGAGGAAAAAAUCAUUCAAACGAGUAAAGUUUUUAAAGAGGUCCACUGUAGAUCCAAAUUAUUUUCUUUCAUUUUAUUGACUUAUUUCAUUUUCUUUGUGAUCUGAGUUUUAAUUUUAUUUUUUUAUUUCAUGUAUCCUCUUGGGUGAGAUCCACUGAAAGGGCGAAUGAAGGCCAGGCUUGUACUAUUGCUACUGCUGGCAUAAAUAGCUUUAAGCCUUAAAUUCACUACUCCUUCAUUAUAUCAGACCAGUUCUCCGUUCUCACACAAAUAACAAACAAAAUCACUGAUGUUUGUCGCUUAUUGUCGCCAUCAUGGUCUCAGCAAAGACUACUGAUCAUUGAGCACUACUCUCUUGUGCUUUUUCUUUCUCUUUUGGUCACUUCCUCACUCUUAGACGCUUUCUCUGUUUCUCUUUCUGCUCUAUCUUUGGGUUCAUUGCACUAGGAACAUAAAGGUUUCUACAAUGCCGCCUGGUAUGUUUCAGGGGCCAUUUUAUUGAAACCCAUUAAGAUUGUUGUUAUUGGACAGGUUAACACGGACCAUGAUUCUGGAUCAAAAAUGCAAUUUGAAUGGAGACACUGGCCCUGCUAAAGUGUUCUUGUGGUAAAAUUGCUGCCUUUGAACUGCAACGGAGACCUCUUCGCUUCACCUCAGAGUUCAUUACACUGGCUCUGUAUCAGUAGCCAGUGACUCUGUUUAUUGUAUAUUUUGUUUUCUCUUUCUUGAAUACUGUCAACAAAGCAUAACCAGCCAAGGGGUUUAAGAUGUCGUUAAUGAUAAAGCUAUGGGAUCUUGUUGCUGUUCCGAAAAAAAAAGAAAAACAUAAUACAUGGAACAAGUGAAGUUCGAGUGAACAUUUCUUUUGACAAAAAUGUCACCUCUGAAAGUAAUAAAUAUGUCUUUGUUAAACAUU